CAAACCACAAGUGAUCAUAUUUUGAUAGUGGAUUCAUCCUUUCGUCUGCACAUUUCCAGCAUCAUGACUGAGCUGAAUGCAACACAAACGGCACGGAGAAGAUAUCUGACGAUGGCCAUAUCGUCGCAGCUGGAGGAAGCUGGAUUUACCACAGCUGAAAGGGAUGCCCUGGAAACGCUCACCGAAAUGAUGCAGAGCUUUCUGGGUGAGUUGGGACAGUCGGCAAGAAAUUAUUGCGAGUUGGCAGGCCGUACGCAACCGAUAAUAGGAGAUGUGGUUGUAGCCCUGAUCAACAUGGGCAUAUCUAUACGAGGAUUGGACACGUUUGCCAAACGCGAAGGUCGUCACAUGCUGCCACAACCCCAACAAGCACAGGCACAGAAACAGCAAUCGAUACUACAGGCUGGCCAGAAAAUACCGCACCCAUCGUACAUUCCCAACCAUUUGCCACAGUUUCCGGAUCCACAUGCAUACAUUCGUACGCCGACGCAUAAGCAACCGGUAACGGAGUAUGAAGUGAUCCGGGAGAAGGCAGCGCAGCAACAGCGAGACGUAGAACGAGCGCUAACAAAGUUUCUUGCAAAGACAAGCGAAAUUGAUACACUGUUCGAAAACGAGGAAAACCCCAUGUUCCCGCUGAUCGCUUGCAAACCUUCGUUUCCACCCUAUCUGCAGGCGCUAAAUCCCAGCGAUCAAAUAUUCGACUUUGAGGAACUCGAGUACUACUAUCUGGUGGCCAAUCGAAAGGAAGAUAUCACGGAAACGAAGGAAGAAGCCGACGCCGGCGAUGACGAUGAGGACGACGAUGGCGAAAGUCCGAAAAAGGAAGAAAAACGAUCACAGGAAGGCAAACAGGAAGCAGAGGAAGUUUCGUCGCCGUCCGCAGGUAAAACUGAUACGGCAGCAGCUAGCAAUGCGGGAGGUAGCAGUGGCCAAUCAUCCAGCGUCAACACUCCAGCACCGAUCGAUAAUCCGUAUCUACGAGCGGCAACAAUACCGCGCAAGGUGAAAAAUGAAUUACGUUAAAUGGUUCUUGCGUGGGGAAAUAAAACAAAA